ACGCCAUCGCUGCCCCCACCGACCCACAGCUCUGUAUGGAAAGCCCAAUAUGACAUGUGUCCUGACAGAGUACACAGAGAAGUACCCCGCCUAUGGAGGAUACAACCCGCCCCAGAGCCUGAAACCAAAGCCUGUUAACCACGGUGACCGGGGGAGAAUGGAUGGAACUACUACAUUCAAGACUGACUUUAUUCCCUACGUGGUGACUCGACGACCGGGGAAACAGCAGGCGGAGUACAAACCCAAACCUGGAGUCAUAGAUCUGGGGACCACCUACAAACAGGACUACAGCCUUUAUGAGGUCCAACCCUUCGCCCCUUCCAGACCCAGCGAGAGGGUACGCGCAACAGGGCACAAAAUGGAUACAGUGCCUACAUACAAAGAGGAUUUCCGACAGUGGGAGAUGUGCAAGCGGGAGCUGAAGAAACCCGAUCUGACCUACCACCCGCCAGACGCCAAGUUCGACGGCCACACCACCUUCCAGGACGACUUCCUCCCCCGAGGCCUUGCCCCCAGAGAGAGCUUCAAACCCUCCAGUAUCCCCAAAAUGUCCGAUACCCCCUUCGAUGGGGUGACCAGUAACCAGCAGUGCUAUGUGUCCCACCCUCUGGAGGCACGCUGGGUGAAGGCUCCAGAGCCCUAUAAACCCAGUAGCCAGCCCCUACAAGACCUCACCACCAACCGAAGAGACUACCAGGGCCUGCCAGGACAGCUGCCCCAGAGCUAUAAGCCUAACCCUGGAAAGGUGACGUCUGACGUUCCCUUUCAGAGCAGCACAGAGUUUAAAGAGCGUUUCCAGCAGUGGCCCGUGUCCCUGCCUCAGCUGCACAAGACGCAGUACGUCAGCCCCACAGAGCACAUGGACAUGAGCACCACGUCUGGUGCAGACUACGUCCAACACAACAUCCAGCCCUUCAUCUCUGCCAAGCCCUUCAAUCGGCCCACCAAGUCAUCAGCUCCCUUCCAGGUCUGCACCACCAUGAGGGAUGACUACCAGCCUUGGGUCAAGAGACAAGCCAUGAUCAAGAAGCCUGAGGAGAUGCAGAGAGCCACCGGACGGAUGGACCACCUCACCACUUUCAAGGCCCAUUUUACACCCCACGAACUGCAGCCCAAUGUGAGCUUCAAGCCAGCUCACGCCCCCAUGAGGGCUGAUGCCCCAUUGGAGGGCGGCACCAUGUACAGCACAGAGUUCACCCCAAGAGGUAAUGAUAUGAUUUUGUGUUGUAGGAUCAGCGUUUGUCCAGCUAGCUACGACUCCCUGCCGGGCUUCGUGUUUGAGGACAGCGACGACAGGGGACACAGGUUCUACAGGAAGUUGCCAUCUAAGGACAUGAACAAGAUGGCCGCCGGCAUGGCGGUGGCUGUGGUGUCAUAGCGUAUGACCAUGAUAUUUGGUGACCAAUGCUUUUAAUCUUAAAAAGAGCGUGUGAAGGCAAAACUACUUUUGUUCGGUCUGUUCUGUUUUUCAUUUUAUUUUCCUACUACCUGUAUAGUAAUUGAUAGUAAGUAUCAAUGAUGUGAUAAUCAAAUGGAAGCAACAAUUAUGAACAAGUCACAAACAGGCCAUUAUAAAAUCAACUUCCUGUAUUCUGGUUGAUGGUUUCCAUUGAAUAGUUGGCUAAUCUUUGUUUUACAAAUAUGCAAAUCAUUAGUAAUUUAAACAAGCACUUCAUUUCUUAAUCAAUUACUUAUCCUUGUGUAUCCAUGUGCCAAAUUAUGCAUAAAGUCACCAGUCAUACAUUUAUUGAAAUUCACAAACAUAAUGCAGAACUUUCAGGGGAAGUUUUCAUAGUMCAAAAUAAUUGUUCAAAGUGCAAAAGACAUACCGAAAACUUCAUUAUAAUCUUCCAGUGUCAUUUAAUUUGAAGGGGGGCAUUUUUUUUUUUUUUCAACUAGAGUUUAGAAAAAAGCUAUAGAAAAAUAGUGGCCUCUUUAUAAUAAACAUUGUUGGAAAAAAGUUUCAUAUAAAAUCACACUGACAGA